AUGCAUCCGAAAAUUCAGAAGACGUGGCAUAUUUUGAAAACAGCUGUAUUCUUUUUGAUACUGUUCUCAUUGUUGUUUGCGACAUCGAUCAUCAAUUAUUUAUUGACUCCGAAAAUUGCUCAUCUUUGUGAUUUUUAUGAUGAUAGGAAUACAACAACUUUUGACGUCACUCGAGAAGAAUGUGAAUCCCAAAGAAGAGCUACCGUACUCUUCAUUGUUUUCUGUUUGGUUCGACUAAUUUCAAACAAAUUUGAGGGAUUCAUCGGAACCAAAUUCCUGAAAACCUGUUCCGUCCGUUCAACAUUUCCUGGCCGUCAUUUUGGAGCUGCUCUUGGAUUUCCAUUCCUAACAAGAUCCCUUUCUAACAGCAUCCGCGUUGCAUCUGCUCCUAUUUUCCUCGUUAUCAUUUUCGCAUCCACUUCGAUUGCUUUCUACCCGUAUGCCAAGGAUUUUGCAAAAUUGAGCAGGUUGAUCUACAAUGCUGUUCAGCGGAGACACUACCUCUACAAUAGAGCCAUGAUCCUCACUUGUGUCUCUAUUUAUUUUUAUUUUUCAACAGUUUUAAUAGAACUUCUGGACGUUUCAUUUGGGAUAUACUGUCACCAGACCAUAUUUGGGUUUCCCAUUCUCUUUCCCAAUAUCAAUUUCCCAUUAUUUUUAUUUAUUCUGCAUACAGUAAUCCUCCAACAUCAUAGAGCAAUGCCUGCGAUCAUUUAUGAGGUGAACAAUGAGGACUGUUUUAUUCAGCUGAAUCGGAUGAGAUGUAUCACAAAUAAGGAUUGUCCACAAAUGUCCACAGCAUUCCCUUUGGAUGCUCCUCCAUCCAAAACAACCACAAUCCAACGAAGAGCCUUCGAUGGAAGAAUAAUCCAAAUUCGGCAUUACAGAGAACUAGAUGAUAUUCUUCCGUGCAAAGUGUCGACUACAGUUCGUAAAGUUUCUACAUUCUCAUCAAGACCUCCUUCAUACGCAGUUCCUCCGUUACCGAGAGAUUUACCAUCUACUAUUCUAGAUUUGGAAUAA